AUGGAGGAUGAAAUAAAGAAUGAACUCGCUCAAGCACCACAACAGUUGCCAAGUGAAGUAGUGAACAACUUGGGAACCAAAGUAAAUCAUAUCGAACCUAUGGGUGAUACAAUCGAGCAAGUUAACCACAACAGUAAAGUCGAUACGGCGCUAUUUCAAGGAGACAUUGUUCUCACGAAAAAGCAAGCCGAAGAGCUCAUGGAAGACAUCAAAGCAAACAGAGGCAAUCGCAGCAAGCGACAAGCAUUCCGUGAUAGUAGGUAUCCCGAAACAUUAUGGACAAACAGAAAUGUCUACUUCUCGUACGGCCGGAAUGCAACCGAGGCAGCGAAGAGAGUGUUCAGAAAAGCCGCUUAUUUGUGGUCCACAGAAACUUGCAUUGCCUUCGGCGAAAGCAGCACAGCCAAAGAUAGAAUUACACUCAUAAAAAGUGAUGGGUGUUGGUCCUAUGUUGGAAGAGUUGGCGGUGAACAGGUCCUUUCACUAGGAAAUGGAUGCGAAUCGGUCGGAACCGCAGCUCACGAAAUCGGCCACGCCUUAGGAUUCUACCACGAACAGUCAAGGCACGAUCGUGACAGUUUCAUCACACUUUAUACACAAAACUUCAAGGCCGGAUGGAUUUCUCAAUUUUCUAAAGAAACUGAAAAAACCAAUUACAACUACAACUUGACUUAUGAUUACGGAAGUAUUAUGCAAUACGGCGCUAGAAGUGUCUCAAGAGACGGUAAACCCAUUAUGGUUCCGCAUGACAUUAAAUACAUGCAAACCCUUGGGUCACCGAUAAUUUCACUAUAUGACAAGCUCAUGAUGAACAUGCACUAUGGGUGUCUUGACAGAUGCAAUCAAAGCUCCACAUCAGCUAAGUGCGAAAACGGUGGUUUUCCUAAUCCCAGAGACUGCGCCAAAUGUAUUUGCCCAAGCGGAUAUGGUGGAACACUUUGCAAUGAGCGACCAGCUGGUUGUGGUAAAACGUUGACGGCAACCACUUCUUACCAAACGCUUGAAGAUGUAGUAGGUGAUAAAAAUGCAAUGGAGGCGUUCGACGACUUCAUCAUGUGCCAUUACUGGAUUGAAGCACCAGCUGGUUCCAAGAUUGAGGUAGUGUUGGAUAGUUACACGACAGAUUUGGCUGUAGAUGGCUGUAGGUAUGGAGGAGUUGAAAUAAAAACCGGAAGCGACAUUCGACAUACUGGUUACAGAUUUUGUGCUGAGGACAAUAUUGGAACAUCGUUGAUCUCUACUCGCAAUAUCGUUCCUGUAAUUACCUACAGCAGAUUCUAUGAAGCCAAAACCGUUUUACGUUAUCGCAUUGGUAAUGUUUAA